CAUGGGUGCGAGUGGCGACGAGAGUUUGAACCUUUGGACCUAAAAUCAAUAUGAAAAUUAUUUACAAAAUUAAAAAAAAAAAAAACUAACCCUCUUUUAAUCCAAUAUUCAUCGUAGAAACUUUAAUGUGAAGAAGUAUUAAAAAUUAAAUUAAAUUUGUUAGGAAUUUGGAGGUAUAAAAACUAAAUGAAAUAUAUGUAAGGUAGGACCGAAUUGUUAUUUGAAAUUGGCGACUAUGAAGUGUUGUAAAGAUGAAAUGGAGAGAAAUUUCGAUCAAAAUUGAAAGAGAGAUCGAUGUUGUGAAAGUGAUUACUGCAAUCUGGAAGAAUUAACAGAGGGAAUAAUUGUUCGAGAAACGGAAGGUUGAAUAAGCACGAAGGGAAGGCAUGCAGGAGUCAUGGGAGAUCUCUUUGCUUGGCUCUUCAACUUAUUACUCCUCAUAUUUCUCAUUGUCAUUCUCGGCUAUCAGAUUAUAUGUCUGGUGGAUUUGGAGUCUGACUAUAUCAAUCUCUUUGAUUCGACAUCUCGGAUUAACAGAGUUGUAAUGUUGGAAUUUAUUACCCAGGGAGUUUUUAGCUUUGUUCAUCUUCUAGCACGGCAUUGGUUCAUGUUUUUGGUGUCACUUCCGUGCCUAUACUUUAAUGUCAGACUGUAUAUCAGGAAAGAACACCUUGCAGAUGUGACCGAGAUCUACAACCACAUUGGCUGCGAGAAAAAGCAACGCUUUCUUAAGAUCAUUUAUUUUCUUGUACUACUAUUUAUUUCUUUGAUAUGGACGAUUCGGAGAGUAGGAGCUUUGGAGAAGAACUGGGAUAGUUAGUACGUUCUAUUCAGUUUGUUUGUUUUAAAAUGUGAACUUAAUACUACUACUUUACAUCAUAGAUACAUAUGUUUUCUUUAGAUAAUAUAGUUUUAAGUUUAUCCACACUCGAUCCUUCAAAUUUUUUUUGAUCAAAAUGUUAAUUAUUUACAUGUAUAAGAGCAGGUGGUUAAAAUUUAGGAGUUGUAUUGUAUUCAUAACUCUUAUAUUUUUAUUUUUUUUUCCUCCGAUUAAUAUUAAUUUUUACUUAUUUA